UUCGUUUGUUUAGCGGAGGGGCGGAGGAGAAAUUCAAUAUAAUACAUAUAAGUACAGCAGUUUAACGUACGACAACGGCAUUAGCAAUGGUAGUGGUAUUUACAUCGUGGCUGCAAAAGACUUAGAGGGAAAAUAAUCGGACGCGGUACGGCACGCGUAGCGACCCAAAGCGAUCGACAACGGCACAACCAACGGUCAAUAACUCGACGACUGUGGAUCUCAGCGGUUUAGCUCCUGUAUCGUAUUUUUGUUUUUUUUUCGCGUAUUUACACCAUACAGGAUGAACACCACGAGUGUGGUAUUUGCGGUGAUAGCAGUGACUCUGUCGCUGACCGGGUCAAGCGACGGCAUGGCGUAUACCGUAUUCCAGGCGGUGGUCGAAUAUUACCGGAUGUUGGGACCGGAACCCGUGGACACGGUGCCGGACGCGGGCUUCGUGAAGAGGCAGUACGACUUCGUGGUGGUGGGCGCCGGUUCCGGAGGGUCGGUGGUGGCCAACCGGCUGACCGAGGUGGCCGGCUGGUCGGUGCUGCUGAUCGAGGCGGGAGGCGACGAAAACGCCAUGACGGACGUGCCACUGCUGGUCAGCUACCUUAUCGGCACGGGAUUCGACUGGGGCUAUCGGACCGAACAACAGGACGGCAUAUGCGGCGCGAUGGAGGACCGCAGGUGCCGGUGGCCGCGAGGCAAAGUCAUGGGAGGCACCAGCGUCAUCAACUACAUGGUGUACACGCGCGGCAUGCCGGACGAUUACGACAACUGGGCGAGGCUGGGCAACGAGGGGUGGAGUUACGCGGACGUGCUUCCGUACUUCAAGAAGUCGGAGGACGUCCGGCAAAGUCCGAUGACCGAAUCACCGUACCACGGCCGCGGUGGAUACCUGAAGGUGGAGGAGCCCACGUGGAAGACCAAACUGGGUCCGGUGUUCCUGCGCGCGGGCCGUGAGUUGGGAUACGAAGUGCCGGCCGACCACAACGGGCCGCGACCGUUGGGAUUCUCGUACGUGCUGGCCACCACGGACCGCGGCUCCCGGUGUAGCGCGUCCAAGGCGUUCUUGCGACCCAUCCGGAACAGGCCAAACCUGACCGUCACUAAACGGUCGGUGGUCACCAAGGUGCUCGUGGACCCACAUACCAAACGCGCCACCGGCGUCAAGUUCGUGAAAAACGGCCAGACGAUGGUGGUGCACGCGCGCAAGGAGGUGAUACUCAGUGCCGGGGCGCUCAACACUCCUCAGGUGCUGAUGUUGUCCGGCAUAGGACCGGCCGACCAUCUUGCCGAGGUCGGCAUUCCUUUGGUCAAGGACCUCAAGGUGGGCUACAACCUGCAGGACCACGUGUCCAUGGCCGGGCUGGUGUUCCUGGUCAACCAAUCGGUGACCAUCAUCGAGAGUCGAUACCGAAACCCCAAGUACCUGCUCCAGUAUGCCGUCAGCGGCCAGGGCCCGUUCACCAUACCGGGGGGCGCGGAGGCUCUGGCGUUCACGGCCACGCGGCAUGCCACCAACGGUUCCAUAGCGCCCGACAUGGAACUGGUGUUCGGUCCCGGGGCGCUGACCGGCGACACGGGCGGAUCGUUGCGCCGGUUGCUCGGCAUGAACGAAACUUUUUACGAUAAUGUUUACGGCAAGUACCGGGAACACGACGCUUGGGGUCUCGUGCCGAUCCUGCUUCGGCCCCUGAGCCGCGGCCGCGUUAAGCUCAGAUCGUCAAAUCCGAUGCACGCUCCACUUUUCUACGCCGGCUACCUGACGGACAAGCGAGACAGAGAAACUCUUAUCGAAGGCAUUAAACAAGCUAUCGCAGUGAGCGAGACUCCGGCGUUCCAAAAAUACGGGUCCAGACUGUUGCCGAUACCAUUCCCUGGCUGCGAACACGAGAAGUUUAUGUCUGAUGCGUACUGGAUGUGCGCCACGGGAUUGGUGUCCACCAACCUACACCACCAGUCGGGCACUUGCAAGAUGGGACCGGAAACGGACCCGGAUGCCGUAGUGGACUCGAAACUCAGGGUACGCGGAAUCAAAGGUCUCCGGGUGGUCGACACUUCCAUCAUGCCCGUCAUACCAGCCGGGCACACCAAUGCGAUGGCUUUCAUGAUCGGCGAGAAAGCGGCUGACAUGAUCAAGGAAAACUGGCUCAAACGAUAAAGGAAACGACAGCGAUAUAGACAAUAACGAUAUGACUGCAAAACGUCUAUAAGCAACAUUCGCAUUUAUAGUAUUAAAAAAUAAUUAUAUAGUAUAGUUUGACCCGGUAUACCCAAACAUAUCGUUGGAGUGCGAUACCUAAUUGUCAUUACGAGUUGUUGAUAUUGAGUGAAAUUAAUUGUUUGAAUCUAAUUUCGAUGUAUAAAAAAUGUAGAAGUGGAUUUAAAUCACGAUAUAUUGUAUAUUAUGUGUAUAGCUGCAUUACCGUGCAAUAGUUUUAAUCGACUCGUUUAAGUUUUUAAAAUCAUUUCGACUUAUGCAUGUGCGUAAAAUUAUCAGAUUUAAGAACAUAAUAAUAUUAUAUAUGUACACUAUACUCUAUGAGUAGGUAUAUCUAUAUUAUACUACAUAGGAUGCCUAUAAAAUUAAACCGCAUACAAAUGACGAUUAAGCGGUUGAUAAAAAAAAAUAAUUCAUUUUAAUCUAAUAUACCUAGCUAAUUUUUCUAUACAUUAUUAUAUGAUCUCAAUCUAUUGUUAUUAUUAUUAUUAUUGUUAUUGUUAUUGUUUCUCAAUCAUUGUAUACAUACUGUGCUUUUUAAUAGCUUUAAAUAUAAUGCAAUUUCACUGAAAUUAUUAUAAUAAUAUUUAAGUAAAAUAUUAUUAUAAUACAAUAAAAUUCUGCGUCAUUUAAAUUAUUGCUUGGACUAUUUAAGGUUAGAAUAUUUUAGAUAUCGUAUAAAAUCAAAACGUACUUUAUUUACCAUCAAACUGUAUCUGUUGA